GUCACUCUUGACAGUGACAUUUAUUCCUCUGACAUUUAUCAUUAAAAAGUAAAACAAACUUACAUUUUGUGAAAAAUAUUAUUAUGUUAUAAUUUCAAAAUGCCGCGAACUCUUCCGUUGAGAAUUAGUAUAAGAGACUGUUUAGUUUUAGUUCUUUUAGUUAUAUUUAAUACUAUUCACGUAACAGACAUGGCUUAUAACAACAUGGAUAUACACAGUAAAGAAAGCAAAAUAAAAGAGGAUUCGAACGACAAAGGUCUCAGCUUUAGUGAAAAUGAAGAGUAUUUGAAAAAUUGUCCUUCUGGAGAUCAAGAAAAUGUCAUGGAGUGCUCCAGUCUACAAUACCCAUGCAUCACUUGUGAGCGAGGCAUAGACUGCCGUUACGGAGGCUUCUAUAAUUAUACUUGUAAUGUACAACCAAAGAUUGUGUGUAAUGGUUCAAAAGUAUUUAACAGAACCGCUAUGUGUCGAUUUUGUUACCAAACAGACAAAUGGGAGCAUAGAUGUGAUCAAAAAGCAAAUUGCAAUUCAUUAGCAUCACCAUUAAAGUAUUAUUUAACCAACUGCACAGUGUCAGAUGAAGUCAUAUGCCUGGGUAGAAGGAGAUUUCUAAAGAAAAUUAGGUGUUCUUGGACAUCAGGAACUCGCUGGGGCACUGCACUAAUUCUUGCCUUAACCCUUGGAGGUUUCGGUGCUGAUAGAUUUUAUCUGGGCCACUGGCAAGAAGGCAUUGGAAAACUAUUCAGUUUUGGGGGACUAGGAGUAUGGACCUUAGUAGAUGCUCUUCUGAUAGGAAUACAUCACCUAGGACCAGCUGAUGGAUCACUUUAUAUUUAAUUCAUGGGAAUCUUAAUGUAUGUUUGAUUUGUGUUGCUGAUAAUAAAAGUCUGUUAUAUAAAAAA